AUGCGCAAUGUGGCACAAGCGGCGGCCAGUGAAGGCAUGAUGGCGUCCUCGGCUACUCGCUGCUCCUCACGCUGGAUUACAGUCGCCGUGUCCGCUGGACGCCGGAGGGCUGCCGGGGCGACUGUCUCCUCUGGCCACGGAGGGCUCCGGAGCUUUUCUACGCUGGGAGGAGAAAACCUUUGGCGCGGAGGGAGCGCGGUGUGCGGCGGAGCAGGGAAAGCGGUGACAUUGAGAGGGCUGUCAGGUCUCAGAUCACCCCAUGCUGUCUACACUCUGUCCUUUCACACAAGUGCUGCUGCUAGCAGCAAGCAGGACUUCUACCAGGUCCUUGGGGUUCCUCGCACAGCAACCCAGAAGGAGAUCAAGAAAGCCUACUACCAGAUGGCUAAAAAGUACCACCCUGACACCAACAAAGAUGACCCACAAGCAAAGGAGAAAUUUGCUCAGCUGGCUGAGGCGUAUGAGGUCCUCAGCGAUGAAGUCAAGAGGAACCAGUAUGACACUUAUGGCUCAGCGGGUUUCAACGCCGGUCAGGCAGGUGGUGGGCAGCAGUACUGGAGUGGACAGGCCAGCAGCGUGGACCCAGAGGAGCUGUUCCGCAAAAUCUUUGGAGAAUUCUCAGGAGGCCGUGGUUUUGGAGACUUUAACGCCAUAUUUGAUCAGCCACAGGAGUACUUCAUGGAGCUGACAUUCACACAGGCAGCAAAGGGAGUCAACAAAGAGAUCUCUAUUAACAUGGAGGCAGGCUGCCAGCGCUGUGAUGGUAAAGGCCACGAGCCGGGCACCAAGGUGGAGCACUGCCACUACUGCAAUGGCUCCGGCAUGGAAACCAUAAACACCGGACCAUUUGUGAUGCGCUCCACAUGUCGUCGCUGCGGUGGCAAAGGUACAGUCAUUUCCACUCCGUGUAAAUCCUGCCGGGGAACAGGACAGACCAAACAGAGGAAAACCGUGAUGGUUCCUGUGCCUGCAGGAGUGGAGGAUGGUCAAACAGUGAGAAUGCCAGUUGGAAAGAAGGAGAUCUUCAUCACAUUUAGGGUCCAGAAAAGCCCCGUGUUCAGGAGGGACGGUGCUGACAUCCACUCUGACGUUUACGUGUCUGUGGCACAAGCCAUCCUGGGCGGCACAGCCAGAGCACAGGGCCUCUACGAAGCACUCAAUUUAUCUAUUCCUGCAGGCAUCCAGGCAGACCAGAGGAUCCGUCUGACAGGGAAAGGAAUCGCUCGUGUCAGCGGCUAUGGCUUCGGAGAUCAUUAUGUCCACUUCAAAAUAAAAGUACCCAAGACACUGACAGACAGACAGAGAGCUCUGUUAAUGACCUACGCUGAGGACGAGACGGAGGUGGAGGGGACGGUGAACGGCGUCACAUCCACCGCCACAGGUGGGGGCAGCAGUGGUAAGCGGUCUGAGGCAGGGCACAGCCAGAAUGACAAGGAGAAAGUGAAACAGCAUGGGGGCUUCCUCUCCAGAAUAAAGAACAUGUUUAGCUCUUCCUGACAGCCACAAACCAGGUAAAAGAUCAUCCUGGAACUGAGAGGCUGAAUCAGAGGACAAAAGACAGACAGUGAAAUGAGGAGUAGUGGGUGUUGGAUAAUCCUGCGAGGGCUCUGGAUCAUGACAGACUGAUUUACCCAGCCGUGGAGCGAGAAAGCCAGAGGAUCACCCAUCCCGUCAAAGCGAAUCCACACAAGAGGAUCUUCCAGUUUGCCAAUCACCUCUCCGUCAAAUGUCCAUUGAGGCUACUGUGGCAGCAGAGACUUGUCAUUUCUCCUGGCAGUCGGUGCAUGCUGCUUCUCUGCCGUUUGCCAAAAGACAAACUUGACGCCGAUGGCAGAAUCAACAUGCACAGACUUAAAUUAUUGUAUUGACAAAGACUAUAAAACAGUGUAAAGUUGUAUUGAAGGUUAAAUAAUCGCUUAUUAAUCCUUCAGUUCUGUGUGCGUUCUUUGUGUUUGACACUAUCAGUCCUUACAGUUUUACCUGUUUACAGAGUUUUAGCGUCGGCAGUGUAAAGGUGUGUCUGCAGAGGAUAGUUAGUCUCUACUGACGGAGGAUUAAACUGUAGGAAGCUUCAUUUUAUCUACUGUCAACACUCUGUACUCUGUCCCUCCUUAACACUUUACGUUAUGAGAGAGAAACCACUUUUAGUUCUGAACCAUUAUCACAUUUGUACAUAGACAGCUGCGGAUCAACCAUGCAUCAAUGUGACAUAUAGAAGUGAUAUACUGUACAGCUAUAAUAAAGCUAUGGUCUGGGAGAGGAAA